AUGCCUGAGGGGACUCAAGAAGACACUGUGGCAUCAAUGCACAGCCAGAGGAGCAGGGGGCCACUGGACCCCAACCAUGUGCAGGAGGUGCAUCUGCACAGAGUGGAGUCCAUCAGUGACCUGCACAGUGGAGGAUCCAUUCGUCCCUAUUUGGCUGAAGAGGCACGGCAGUGGGAUGAGCUGCUAGGUGUCUUGCCGCCAUCACUGUGUACCCAGGCUGGCUGCAGCCCAGUGUGUGGCCGUGGGGGAUUCCUAUUACUGCUGGCACUGCUGGUGCUCACCUGCCUGGCACUUGCAAUCUUGGCUGUCUACCUGAGUGUGUUGCAGAGUGAAUCCCUGCGGGUCCUAGCACACACACUUCGAACACAGGAGGAGACUCUGCUCAAACUCCGCUUAGCCAGUCUCAGCCAGCUGAGGAGGCUGAACUCCAGUGAAGCCCGAACACCCAGCUGA